AUUUUUGGCUAUUAAAUCAUGCUGAAGACAACAAUUUACAGUAACAACAAUAGCAACCAGGAAGAGCACCGACUUCUCAUCUUCAAACCCAUCUCUACAGAUUUAUCCUCCGAUCACUUGGAACAUCAAAAGCUAAAUGGAAGACAAGGAGAUCAUGAUAGAAAUAAGAGCAAUGGCAGAGACAAGCGAAGAUGGUCUCUUGUCGCCUUUCUGUUGUAUCUACAGGGUGCCCCCAAUGAUUCGUCUUCUAAAAGAGGAAGCUUACACUCCAAAGGUUGUGUCCGUUGGUCCUUUCCAUUAUGGUGAUGUGAGGCUGCAAGACAUGGAAAGGCACAAACGAAUAAUGUUCAAAAGAUUUGCAGGGAGUGCCAAGACAGACUUGGAUACUUUGGUCAACUUUGUAAAGCAGUCAGAGCCCAAGGUUCGUGCUUCUUAUUCAGAGAGCAUCAAACAUAGCAAGAAGGAUCUUGUGAAAUUGAUAUUAGUAGACGCUGCUUUUAUCAUUGAACUCUUUAGGAUGUUCUAUAGAGGUGGUUACGAGGUAAACAAAGAUGCUAAGCUAUCACACUCUUGGUUGAGGGAUGCUAUAGUUGAUGAUCUGCUUUUGCUUGAGAAUCAACUUCCAUUCUUUGUUAUUGAAGAGUUAUUCGAUGUAGCAUUUCCUCUUGAUCUUAGAGGUGAUAUCCCUUCAUUUCUUGAGCUUACAUAUUCCUACUUUAUCUAUUAUAACAUUCAAAGCUUAGAUCCUAGUCCUGAUAUUAGCAUAAAGCACUUCACAGAUCUUCUUAGAUUCUUUUACUUACCAAGAGGAACAAUACCAAGGAGGAAAUCAUUCAAAGGGGAUGGGUCUGAUAUUCUUCUAUACAGCGCAAAUGAGUUACAAGAGGCAGGAGUAAAGUUGAAGGCAAGCACAAGCAAAUGCUUACUAGAUUUGAAAUUUUCAGGGUCCGUUUUUGAGAUCCCACAGAUUUAUAUUGAAGAUAUCACUGAAACUUUGUUUCGUAAUAUGAUAGCUUUAGAACGGUGCCAUUAUCCUUAUGAAUCUUAUAUCAUUGACUACGCCUUUGUAUUGGAUGGCCUGAUCAACAAUGAUAAAGAUGUGGAUGCUCUCAUUCGUGAAAAGAUUAUCCACAAUUGGUUAGGUGACACCAAUGAGGUUGCUACAUUAUUUAAUGGUCUUGGGAGAAAUAUAAAUCAAUGGAAUUUCAGUGUUGAAUACCUUGACAUUUGCAUAAGGUUGAAUAGCUUUUAUCAAGAUCCUUGGCACAAGAAGAAAGCAACUUUGAAACGUGACUACUUCAAGACACCUUGGCAAACAGUAGCUUCUAUUGCUGGAAUCAUACUUCUCAUUCUUACCUUUAUUCAAACCAUAUUUUCUAUCCUCCAAGUUGUACUAUAGCUAUAUAUAGAUUUGAAGCUUUGUACAUUUUAGUGUUGUGUGUCCUU